AAGACAAAGUCACGUGCAACAAACCCGGAAGUCGUAUCUGAAACCACAUGUAGGUGUGUAGUAACCCGGUUCCCUUGAGAAGGACGGGCGCUGUAGAGCAGGGAUAUGCGUCCCGCCCUUGUUCCUGGGAAAUGGUUGUUCCGAUCGCUGGAACUUGUCACCGGUCUGGGGCGGAGGAGGUGCAGUUCUAGGGAGUCAGGGAGCGAGGUGCGUGUCAGAUUUGCACCCAGUCCCACUGGGUUUCUGCACCUAGGAGGCUUGCGCACUGCACUCUAUAACUACUUGUUUGCCAAGAAACAUGGAGGGGCUUUUAUCCUGCGCCUUGAAGACACAGACAGGAGCCGGCUGGUGCCUGGAGCAGCUGAGAGUAUUGAGGACAUGUUGGAAUGGGCAGGUAUCCCACCAGAUGAGGGUCCGAGGCAUGGCGGGCCAUGUGCUCCAUAUGAGCAGUCGAAGCGCCUUGACUUCUAUCAUGCAGCAGCCCACACACUGCUGGACACUGGAGCUGCGUAUCGUUGCUUUUGCACCCCACAAAGACUAGAGCUGCUGAAAAGAGAAGCCGUGCGAAACAGACAGACACCACGAUAUGACAACCGCUGCCGGCAUUUGACUCCAAAACAAGUGGAGGAGAAGCUGUCCCGAAGCUCCCCGUAUGUUAUCCGAUUUCAUCUGCAAGAAGGUCCCCAGCCUUUUCAGGAUCUCGUGUACGGCUGGACUCAGCAUGAUGUGGCCAGUGUGGAGGGCGACCCAGUGAUUCUAAAAGGAGAUGGUUUCCCCACCUAUCAUUUAGCCAACGUAGUGGACGAUCACCAUAUGGGCAUCAGUCAUGUGCUCAGGGGAGCGGAGUGGCUCAUUUCCACAGCCAAACACCUACUAUUGUAUAAAGCCCUGGACUGGCGGCCGCCACAGUUUGCUCAUCUGCCUUUAUUGCUUAACAAGGAUGGCACCAAACUAUCUAAACGGCAAGGGGAUAUCUUUAUCCAGCAUUAUGUACGCACUGGUUACCUGUCUGAUGCCCUUCUAGACCUCAUCACCAACUGCGGUUCAGGAUUUACUGAAACCCAAAUGGGUCGCACUCUUGAAACACUUAUCCAGCAAUAUGAACUAGUCAAAACCAGCACCCACUCAGCUCUGUUGGAUUUGGACAAGCUCCCAGAGUUUAACAGAAUUCACCUCACUAGGUGGAUUGAUGGCACUGAAACCCGAGUUCAACUGGUUGGACAGCUCCAAGCCCUUUUGAAAGACACCUAUAAAGAUCUAGCGUUGGAUAAAAAGCACAUUGAGCGGAUAUUAUUGCUUAGGAAGGGCCACUUGUGUCGGCUGACGGAUUUGAUGUCCCCUGAAUAUUCCUACCUAUGGAUCAGGCCUUCAGUGACAAGGGAACAACUUCAGAGCCUCACAAGUGAAGGCAGUAAGAUCAAGAACAUUGUGGUGAGACUCCUACAAGAGAGCGACAGUAACUUAACUCUGGACACAUUAAAUGGGGAACUGAGGAGGCAGCUGAAACAUCUGAAAGACGUAAAGUACAGCAGUGCUAUGAAACUGCUCCGCAUGGCUCUGAGUGGACAGGAGCACGGACCAAGUGUAGCUGAGAUGCUGCUGUCCCUGGGGCACGAGGAAUCUAUUGUUCGGCUACAGAAUGCUCUCACUGACUGAAGACCUGACACUCUUCCUACAACAGUGUGACAGAGCCCCACAAUACACUGACAUUUAAUAAAUUUAUUUUUAUUUUAA